AUGCCAUUAACUGCAUCGAGCGUCUCCUUCAUCCUCCUCCUCCUCCUCCUCCUCCCCCUCAUCCUCUCCUUCAUCAUCUUCUUCAUCCUCCUCCUCAUCGCCCUCCUCAUCACCCUCCUCAUCACCCUCCUCAUCACCCUCCUCAUCGCCCUCCUCAUCACCCUCCUCAUCGCCCUCCUCAUCGCCCUCCUCAUCGCCCUCCUCAUCGCCCUCCUCAUCACCCUCCUCAUCACCCUCCUCAUCACCUUCUCCAUCCCCCUCCUCAUCGUCCUCUCCAUAGACCUCCUCAUCGACCUCUUCAUUAGUGCCUUGAUCGUCGUCACUCGAUAUGUGGAUGACCUCAUGAAAUUUUGUCCUCUUGACCCCGGGUUGUUGAUGCCAGUCGGGAGCGCAGCCAGGAUCAUCACCUCUACCGUCGCAGCAAGUAUAACUAUACCCAUGAGGAAUGAGCUCUUUCAACUCAUCAUCGUCCAUGCGACACCAGUCUGCGUCACGAGAGUGCCGAUUCCAACCCCAACUCCCAUCCUCUGUGACUAG